AUGGGUUAUGAUAAUAAAAUUAUAAGUAAUAAUUCUACUGAAUUAUAUCCAGACAAAAAUAAAAAAUUGAACAAACCUAAUUUUUUAGAUGUAGAUUCAAUUGAAUGUAAGCCUAAUUAUAUAACACAAACUUAUAUAAUUAAAAAUACUCUCAAUGAUGCAAUAAAUUGUAAGAAAAAUGGCCAAACUUCUAUUUUUAAGGAGGAAAUUAAAAAGGAAAAAAUGGAAAAUAAUUUUAGCUGCAAUAACCAAGAAAGUGACUAUGGGAAUACGAAUACAUCCUUAUAUAACUUAGACAAUAAAGAAGGAGUAAAUAUGCGUUCGAAUGAAGCGAGCUUGACUACCUUAUCUAGUAUUGAAUAUAUAGGAAAUAAAAAUGUCGAACAAAAUUUAAAUAGUAUUGAUAAUAUAAAUAUGCUAAACAGUACUAAUAAUGAUUUAAAUGGUUUACAUUCUUAUGAAAGUACAUUAAAAGAUUACGAAAAAGAUUAUGGAGCUAAUACUGAUAUCGAAAGCGGAGAAGAUACACUGCCACAGUUACACAUAGAUCUUGAAGAAAAAGAAAGACAUAAAAGUGUAAAGAGGAAAUAUUGGGAAAUUAAUCAAAGUGAUAUAGUAGACGAUAAAAUAAAUAAUAUAUAUAGAGAUAGUAGAAAUAAUAAAAAUUAUACUUACUCACAAAAGAUACAAAUGGAAUAUGCAUAUGAAAGUUAUGCAGAAAAUAAUAUGAACUUAAAAGAUGAAAAGGAAGGCAAAGAAGGGAAUGCCUAUAGUGAGCAGAAUAAAAAUACUCAUAUACGAACAUUACAAUUUCACAAAGGUGAUAAAAAUUUGUUUUUUCACUUUUUUAAUGGUUAUAAUAAGGAUUGUACGAAUGAUAGUAAGAGAAAGAAAUAUGCAUAUAUGAAAGAGUUUGUUCAAAAUCAAAUUAAUUUUUAUGACUUUUUAUUAGAGAUUCAUAAAAAUGUACCAUUAUGGGGAGAAUAUGAAUCCAAUUUUUUUUUUCAUUGGAAAAAGAUAAUGGAAAUACGCAUUGAAGAAUUAAAAAUAUAUAAAUUAAUAUUUAGAUCUUUAUAUGUUGAAUCUGUUAAAUAUUUACAUUUUCAUAUCUUAAAAAUAAUUAUUGAUGAACUUGAUGAAUUAAGAAAAGUGCACGAACCACAAUAUAUAAAAUUUAUAUUGUCAGAAAGUUAUAAAAAAAAUUAUGAAUCAAACUUUUAUAAAACACCAAAUAUUAAUCCUAAUAUGAAUGAAUAUAUCCAACUACAUCAUAUGAAGCACAUUGAAAAAUAUAUGGAUGUUAAAAAAUUUAUUAAGUCAUUAGACAUAUUACAAAACCAAAAACAACAACCAUAUAUAGUUCAGGCUAUCGAAAUUCCUUCACAUAUUUUUAAUAUGUAUCAGAACAAGCUUAAAGACGAAAUAGAUUUUUCUUUUUUUAAUUCUGAACAUGAGAAUAACAUAACUAUUGGGGAAAUUAACAUUUCUGCUAAUAACCAAUCUCUUCAAAAAAAUACAGAGUUAAAAAAAAAUGCUGAACAGUCUAAUGGAUUAUUUAAAAUAAAAUCAGAGCAUUUUGAUAAUCAAAAAAUUGAGAAUAAUCCAGAACUUAGUGUCAAUUUUUAUUCCAACACCAGACUUGCACAAGGUGAAGAAAAUGAAAUAAAGUCUACCCCCAAGAAUACUCAAAAGAUGUCUUCAAAGAAAAAAGAAAAUUAUAAAAUAAAAAAAUUAAAUUCGCCCAUAAAUACAAAGCCAAAGAAAAGAACAGGAUAUUAUGAUCUUGAAAUUGAUGGUGUUGUUGCAUCCUUUGAAGCUAGAAAAGGGGUUUACUAUGACAAAUCAAGGAAAUUGUGGAGAGCUAAUUGGAAGGAAAAUGGAAAAAUACAAACAAAGGGAUUCUCUGUAAACGAGUAUAAAUCCGUUCAACUUGCUAGACAAAAGGCAAUUGAGUGGAGGGAAAUGAAAGAAGUCCAACUUUUAUUAUGA